AAAGCACAGAUCCAACAGCACUUCAACUCUCUUUUCCGUAUGUCAUGUCCUCUUCAUCUUCUACUAGAUCGCAAACUGCCGUACCUGAUAUUGAAUCACAACAGCUAAAGGUACAGAAUAACAUUGAAGAAAGUUUAGAAGUCAAGUCAUUAUUACAAUACGAAGUUACGCUAGAAGAUCAUGAGCACCCACAGUCUCUUGCCCGCCGUCGAAAAUGGCUUAUAGUCCUCGUCAUAUCCUCCUCAGCCCUUUGCGUUACCUGCGCUUCAUCUGCCGCCUCUUUCACUGAGGACGGCGUGUCAGAAACAUUUCAUGUCUCGCGUGAAGUCACUAUCCUUGCUAUCAGCCUUUUCGUAGAAGGUCUGGGACUGGGGCCAUUACUUGCAGGGCCGUUGUCGGAAGUUUAUGGCAGGAACAUCAUAUACAGGGUGUCUUUCAUCUUGCUAUUUGCAUUCUCGUUCGGAGUUGCGUUUGCACCCAACAUUGUCGUUUAUCUCGUGUUCCGGUUUAUAACCGGUUUUUGUGGUUCGACAUUCCUGAGCGUCGCCGGCGGCUCUGUCAGCGAUCUCUUCGACAACAAAACUGUCGCAAAUCCGAUGGCUGUUUAUACUAUUAGUCCCUUCAUUGGGCCAGUCGUUGGACCCUUAUUGAGUGGAUCGAUUCCACAGAACACAAACUGGCGAUGGACGUAUUACACGCUCACCAUAUGGACCUUUACUCAAACUCUCGCUCUGUUCAUCUUUGUCCCUGAAACGUAUAUUCCCGUUUUGCGAAAACAGAAGGCGAUUAGGCUUCGCAAAUCCACAGGAGACAAAGGCUACUUCGCACCCCUCGAGAAGGGCGAAAUUAAUUUAGGACAAGCAAUCCUGGUUAGCUGUUAUAAACCGUUCCAAUUGGUUUUAUAUGAUCGCAUGGCGCUGCUUUUGAACACCUGGACUUCUCUUAUACUGGGCAUCCUUUACCUUGCCUUCCAAGCGUUUCCAAUCAUCUUUGAGACAAACCACGGCUUUAACACGCAGGAAACUGGCCUAGCGUUUUUGGGAAUCGGUUUAGGAAUGUUGGGCGGACUUGCCUCCCAGCCGUACUGGAAUCGGGUGUUCGCAAGAGAAGCUGAGAAGAACGGCGGCGUGGCUCCUCCAGAGGCUCGUUUGUACAUGGGUGAAGUCGGUGGUAUACUCACUCCACUGGGUCUUUACUUCCUCGCUUUCACCACCUACUCGUCCGUUCACUGGAUCGUUCCCAUCAUUGCUUCCAUCUUCUUCGGUACUGGGAUAUACUUUGUCUUCACGUGUGUUUUCACCUACCUCGUCACUGCCUACCGUCCUAUCGCAGCCAGCGCUAUGGCAUCUAAUAGCGCUAUGCGGUCGACGUUCGCCGCGGUUUUUCCGCUGUUUGCCAGUUACAUGUAUGAUGGGUUAGGCACGGUCGGUGCGACGGCACUAUUAGCGGGAGUCAUGACGUUGACGGUACCAUUACCGUUUGUGUAUCGAAGAAUUGGCCCGAGGCUUAGAGCCAAAUCAAGAUUUGCAGUUUCUUGAGUUUGAAGCUUAGAGGGUCGUCACGGAGGACUACAGUGAUAUCACAAAGGAUUUAAAACAAAAGGAUUGUUGCGAAUACAACUCUCGAAGUGUUCAUAAUGUUUGCGUAC